ACCUCCUGUAUACCGGGCGAGGGAGAAAACAUCUUGCCACCAACUUGCUGUAGAAGUUCAUCUCUCGACACUCAUCUCACGAAUGAGCCACCGCAGCUGAGCCUCACCGAUUUAUAUUAACAACAGCACUCAUUUCUUUAAAUGGCAAGGUGUGUACAGUAGCCGUGUUCACCUUGAGGCUGCUGUUUGCACACCUCAGGGCGCGGGUUCACAUUCCAGGCGGUGUCUCGUGAUGUCAUUGACGACAAUGAAAAAUUGUAAGUAUUUUACUUCCUUCUUCACCGUCGCUAUGAAAGAUAGGUCCUGGUCCAGCGUCUCUUUGAGUCACACAGCGAGCGAUCUAAGCGAAGCCAUGGGUCAUGGCGAGCGCGACUCCCAGUGAGAGUGUGGAUAGUGAGCUGCGCUGCUCCAUCUGACUGGGCACGUUCGUCUGCCCCUCCACGCUGAGCUGUGGACACACGUUCUGCCUGCGGUGCCUGGAGACCACCUGGGAGACGGCGAGCAGCUUCAGCUGCCCGCAGUGCCGAGCGACCUUCCCUGUGCGACCCCAGCUGAGGAGGAACGUGGCCCUCGCCAACCUGGCGGAGCAGCUCAGAGUUGGAGACGGGAUGGCCGCGGCCGUUGUGUGUGACAACUGCACUGACGGCCACACUCCUGCAGUGAGGACCUGCCUGAGAUGUGAGAUGUCCUACUGUGCAAGACACGCGAGGCCUCACUUGGAGAAUCCCAGGUUGAGUGGCCACGUCCUGGUGGCUCCCAUCGCGAUCCUGGAGGAGCGACGUUGCCGGCAGCACAGACAGGAGCAGAUCAAGUUCUACUGUGAACAGGAUGACAGCCUGGUCUGCACAGUCUGCACCAUCGCUGGGGAACAUAGAGGGCAUGAGGUCAUUCCACUGGAAAAUGCACAACGGACAAAACAGGAGGCGUUCAGACUCGAGAAGACGGAGAGAGAGGAGAAGAAGACUAUGGCAGAAUCACGGACAAAGCAGCUCAAGCGUGCCUACAAGCGCGUGCAGGUACAGAGAGACACAUAGACACGUGCAGUUACAGAGACACACAGAC